AUCAGUUCUUCACUGCUUACGUCUCGCAGUGCAUGCCUGAUAUCGUAGCGCGUAGUGUAUGAAUUCGAAUUUCAAACACCGGAAAAGUUUUUAAAGGAUCAAUAAAAUAGGAAGUGGAAACAAUAUUACAUUUCAUAAUUAACGGCCGAAAGAUUCAAUUUAUUGUUUUAAAAACAGUUACUUUAAAACAUUUAAACCAGUGACUUUUUUAAGUUUCAGUUUUUGUGAGUGGUUGUAAAUCGUUUUCAUAAUUUUGUAUUUGUGAAAAUUUCUGAACUUUUGCCAGAGCUGUUUGCAACAGAUUUCAACAUCGACAAUCAAAAGAAGAGGAGUUAAAAAUGUGAAGUGAUAAAUAUUUUAGAUCCUAUGAGAUAAAAAAACUAACACCAUGAAACUAAAAACAAUAUCGAUGGCAAUUUUUUUGUCCAUUUUGUACAUAAGUGCCCAUGACAGUGUAAAUAUGAAGUCAAAUUUAAACAAGUACAUUUCAAGAGAUCUAAAUAGUAUGUUCAAUACCAAGUAUCUAUUAGACAUUAGUAAAGACGAAAGUUUCACAGACUUUCCGUAUAAAGUAAAACUAAAAAGUCACAACCAUUUAAGAGAUAAGAGAAGUACUUUAAAUUCAACUAAAGAUAACAUUCCAAUACAUGAAUAUGCAGACAAAAGUAUGAUUUCUAAUGUCACGAAUGGAAUAACUUUAAUGAAGGACAUGGAUGAUAAAGACAAAAUUUCAGCUAACAGAACAGAUGAAAUAGAAAAUAACAGUAUUACAGAUUUUUUUGAUGCAGAUAACUUCACUGAAGAAACUUGUGUAGGAGACCCAGAAUAUUGUAACAUGACCAAAGAAGAAUAUUUCGAAAUGUUGAACGAAUAUAUUUACCCUCAACCAUAUGAGUGGGUGCUUAUUGCAACUCAUGCGAUAGUUUUUGUAAUCGGAUUGAUCGGGAAUGCACUGGUAUGCAUAGCAGUAUAUAGAAAUCACUCUAUGAGAACUGUGACUAACUAUUUCAUAGUAAAUUUGGCAGUGGCGGAUUUUAUGGUGAUCUUAAUAUGCUUGCCUCCAACUGUACUUUGGGAUGUAACGGAGACGUGGUUCUUUGGUACCGCAAUGUGCAGGAUUGUUCUCUAUUUUCAGUCAGUAUCUGUGACGGUGUCUGUGUUGACGCUGACCUUUAUCUCCGUGGACCGUUGGUACGCUAUCUGUUUCCCGCUCAAGUUCAAAUCAACUACCAGUCGCGCCAAGACCGCUAUUCUGAUCAUUUGGGUGCUUUCUCUGUUAUUCAAUGUACCGGAAUUUGUUGUCCUACAAGUACAACACAGGGUGCCGCUGAGGUUCAACGCGCAAUACUUCAUGCAGUGCACGUCUACAUGGUCAGAUGAAAGUGAUCUCAAAUGGCAUAUCAUAAAGGCGCUAUUCCUGUACACAUUCCCACUUUUCCUGAUGAUGAUAGCGUACUGCCAAAUCGUGCGAGUGCUGUGGAGGUCGGACAAUAUUCCUGGUCACACAGAAUCAAACAAAUUAUGCCCGCCGACUAGUGGACAAAAUAAUUGGCUAGCAGCCAGUCGACGCACUACGCCUUCAAUCCACGCCAAUGCGUCCACAGAAGGGCAACUCCGGUCCCGGCGUAAGGCAGCUAAGAUGCUAGUAGCAGUGGUCAUUAUGUUUGCGGUUUGCUACUUCCCUGUGCAUCUAUUGUCGGUACUCAGAGUCGCCUACGUGGUCCAGCAAACUGAAAUAAUGACUUGCAUCGCUUUGAUCUCACACGUGAUGUGCUACGCGAAUUCCGCAGUCAAUCCACUCAUCUACAAUUUUAUGAGCGGAAAAUUCCGGCGAGAGUUUCACAGAUCCUAUUUCAAGUGUUUAUGCUGCUGUCUUGCUUCAGCCCCUGAGCAAAAUGGAACUUCGUUUGCUCCCAUCGGCAGUUCUCGAGCAGGUACAACCAGAACUAUUGUCCGCAGAAAUGAUUCUUGUGUCAGCUACAGAUUGACUCAUCUUUCACCAUCCAACCAAAACAACAUCAAUCGAGAUGUAGUCCGAAAUACAAAUACCUCUUUUAUAGAGAACAUGAACGGCAUUCGAAGACUUAAAGUGCGCGAUGACCCGGUAAGUGAAUCUGCUCGAUUCACGUUAACCACGGAUGUUAGGGAUUGACAAUUGGGCAGAGACCUCCUCGUGUACACAGAUAGAAACCGUGACGGAAUUGGCUAUAUAGCAAGAAGUACAAAUAGCAUUGAUUGUAAGCCUUAUUACGAUUGUUUUAAAGGCCAAGGACCGAGUGGAUGUGGUGCUAAGAAAGUGAGCUUCGAUAAAAUAGAACUUGAAAGACAUAGUGAUACAUACGCUGACUAUCGAGAAUGCGAUAAUGAACUCAAAGAACUUUUCACUGUGGACGAAACAAAAAACGGGUUUAAAUUUAAAUUUAAUCGUAGUCUUAAUAGUUGUCAGAUCAAGGAGAAAAGGAAAAUAAAAACUGUGUUUUAAACAUUAAUUUAUGACUGUAUUAAGUUAUUCAUCGAUGGUUGUAAAUAUUGAAUGUCAUAUCCUUGUAAGCGUUUCCUUAAUUAUUACUAAAAAAAACAGACAUUAAAAAAACAGGUAGGUAGG